AUGAGUAACUUUCUGACAACAAUUCUUUUGGUUUUCCUCGGCUUAUGCAACGCCCACUGCACACUAGAAGAUCACGACAAAAAAUGUUUGAGACAAGAUAAGAUACUGAGAGAAUAUGAACAGACUUUUGAAAAGCAGAAUGAACAACUGAAGCAGCAAGAUGAGAUACUGAAAAUGUAUGAAAGAAAACUAGAAAUCCAAAAAUUAAGAAGAUCUGUUGCCGAAGGAGCAGCCUUCUCCGUUCAGUUGUCUGUGAAGCAAACUCAUAUUGGUCUUAAACAAACCAUUAAAUACGACAAAGUACACCUGAAUGAUGGAAACGGUUACAGUGUACAUUCGGGCGUCUUUACAGCACCGCAAUCUGGGGUGUAUAUGUUUAGUUACUUUCUCGGUCAUGGAUAUGAACCUGCGCAAGCCUGGCUUGAGCUUAUGCACAACGGAGAUAAAAUCAACGCUGUCGUUUUUGAUACGUUUCACAGUUACGAGGAUUGA